GAUACUAUAGUUACAUAUUAAAGACUUCGAUACACAACAAUAACGACAUUAACAGCAUUAACUCACGGACCUGCACUAUAAUAUACAACAAUACAAAGCAGCAUGUGCUUUUGUUGCUUCCCGCUGGAACAUCCUUUGGGCUGUGGAUUCCGAAAGGUCGGCCCAAAUGAAGCACUCGUUGUCACUGGUGUGUGCCACGACCCCUCGACGAUUUGGAGCAGUGCAAAGGUGUUUGUAUGGCCACUGCAAGAGGCUGCCAGGCUGGACAAGAACACUUUCACGGUCCGUGUACUUUCAGUGGAAGUGUAUUCGCUCCAUGGUGUGCCGGUGACUGUGUCAGCAUACGCACAGUGCAAAGUGUCUACUGAACGUGUGCGGGUGGCGGCACAGUGCUUGCUCAGCAAAACACAGGCGGAAAUCGAACAACUGGUGGUAGACACACUAGAGGGCCAUCAACGAGGAUUUAUCAGCUCUUUGUCAGUGAAGGAAUUGAUAUCUGACAAAAACAAAAUGGAACAGGCGGUCAGAGACACCGCCGAAGUUGAUCUGCUGAAUUUUGGGAUUGAGAUUAUCAGUUAUACAAUCAAGGACAUAGACGAUAACAACGGCUUCCUUCUGCUUCUGGGUGAUGCCCGGACAGCUCAGGUAAAAGCUUUCGCACGUAUGGGUGAGGCAGACAGUACCGCUGCUACGCGCAUUAAGCAAUACCGGGACCGCGUGCCCAAAGCUGCCGCGCAUUAUCUGCAAGCCGUUGCCGAGGUCAAAGGAGAACGGGAUCUCGGGUUGAGAGAGUGUUACAAUGUGAAAAGUGUGUCUACACAACAGGCAGAGGCCGACGCGGCUCCCUUACGACAGGCCGCCCUGCGCGGACAGGACAUCAUGGAAGCCAACAUGCAAACGAAGAUCCGGGAAAUGCAACAGCAGACGGCUGUGUGGGCCAAUGAAGUGCAGCGCAUGGACAGACAACUGGACUCGACCGUCAAGCAACCCGCCAGAGCUGAACGUGACCGUGUUAUCAAUGAUGCUACGGCUAGAAGGAACGAGCACAUUUCCCAGGAGCAAGGCAAGGCCGUAGCUAUUGAGACUCGUGCCACGGCAGAGGCGUUUAGUCAUCAGCAGCAGGAAGAAGCGGGAGCCGAACAACUAAAGGAGAAAGCGCGUGUCUUUGAGUUGUAUGGGCCUGCCGCCACUGCUAAUAUGGUGCUCGAUGUUGUACCACAGGCGGUUGCGGAAGUGUCCUCUCAACUGGAGCAGGUCGAACGGAUCAAUAUAGUGGGUAGUCAUCCAAGUGUAGGGGCAAUACCUAGAGAAGUUAGUCGCGUUGUUGCCCAAGUUCCUAAGCUCAUAGACCAGCUCACAGAUCUCCACGUCACUGAGUAUAUAAGCAACAGUAUCAAGGACAACCACAACCUUGCCGAUCAAGAAACACGUCAAACACGGGUCCGAACAAAUUUCUCGACUUCAACGGGAGACCGGUAGCCUCAGCUGUGGUCUACUGAGGUGUAGACUCUUCCCGUCUCCGAGUAGUACGUAGGAUCGUGAGCCUUCAUUACAGCAAACACAAAUUACACAAUAGAUUUAUC